AUGACGAAUAGAGAGAUACAAUCAAGUGAUAUUACAAUAGAACCAACUAAUGUUAAUAUAGAAUUACAAAACAGUAGUAGAAAUGUUGAUAAAUUAUUAGAUAAAAAUAUAGAAAAAACACAAAAUUCAAGAGAAUCAUUUGCAAAUUUUUUGUAUAAUUCAAGACGAAAAACAGUACUUGGUCGUAGUGCUCGUAAUUGGGGUAAUUCAAAAGAUAAAUAUAACAAUCAUAAUAAUAUAUCUAUUUAUAUUUUAGUUAAAUUAUCGAUUUUUUAUACAAUACUCUAUUUCUUUUUGGGUUGUUUUUUUGUUGCUUUAACUUAUGUUUUUGCUGCUAUACUUGAUCGUACUCAACCAAGAUAUUAUAAUACAGAAAGUACAAUGGCUGUACGAAGUACAGCUGCUGUUGUUGGAUUGGGCUUUCGACCUCAACCAGUUAUUUAUGAAAGCCUAAUUCGAAUAACAAAUAAUUCAACACAACAAAAACUUAUUGCUUCAUCUCUACAAUUAUUUCGAAAUGUUUUUCUUCUACAAAGUUCUGAUGCUAAAACCGAAGAAUGUUCAGAAGAAACACCAGCAUCUAAUUUACCAUCUGGUACAGCUUGUUCAUUUAAUUGGUUUCAUAUUGUUAGUAGUGACGAUCAUCCAUGCUCGGAUAAUAAAUUGUAUGGUUUUAGUUAUGAACAGCCAUGCAUUCUUAUUAAACUUAAUAAAGUUUAUGGAUGGAAACCUAUAAAAGGCAUUUUGCCAUUACAUAUUCAAGAGCUUCGAGGUGUUUUUAGUAAUAAAAGUAUAUCAAAUUCUGAUGUAUAUAUUACAUGUGCAGGAGCGUAUCCUGCUGAUAAUGAUGUACUCACAGAUGCAAUUUAUUAUUCAUUGACUUAUCCAUUUGGUUCAUCAAAAUUUGGUGUUAUUCCAAAUUAUUUCUUUCCAUUUCGAAAUGCAAAAGAUCAUGUUCAACCAUUUGUUCUAGUUCAAUUUAAUAUGUUACCAUUAAAUCGUCUUGUAAGUGUUACAUGUCAUGCAUGGGCACCAGGUAUUGAACAUAAUACAAGACGUAUGCGUGGUAUGGUUAGUUUUCAAUUAUAUCGUACACAUACAGCUAAAAAAAUCCAACGAAAAUAA